UGUGCGUUAUUGUCUGUUGCAGCCCUGGCGGUGAGCCGCAGCCUGUUCCUGCCGCGCGGCGCCUCUUCCGCCGAGGCCGUGGCCGCCGCCCUCCUGCCCGGCGCGCCGCCGCCCCCGCCGGUCACCGAGCCCAACCCCAGCGAGGCCAGACAAGCAGUCGCGUUCCGAUGCGAGCCGUGUGGUAUCCGUUUCUCGUCGCUCAGCACCCUGGAGGCCCACCAGACGUACUACUGCUCGCACCGGCCCAACGCCCAGGGCCCCAAAGGUCCCAUCGUGGAGGCUGACGAGGGUACAACCGGGGGUGACGGCGCGGACCUGAUGGCGCCCCGCGCCGACUCCGCCGACGGCAGCGAGUCCGGGAAGAGGGCGGCCCAAGGCGGCGCGCAGGUGGCCCAGGGCGGCGGCCAGGCGCAGGGUGGCGCGGCCGGCGGCCAGUCCGGGGGACAGCCCGGCGCCGGCCACCCCAAGCAGUACUCGUGCCCGCACUGCUCCUACUCGGCCGACAAGAAGGUGUCCCUCAACAGACACAUGCGCAUGCACACGGCCUCGCCGCCGGCCGCGACGGGCGCGGUGGCGCCCCCCUUGCAGCUGCCGCUCCAGCUGCAGGUGCAGCCCGCGGAGCCCGCCGACGCGGCCGCCUCCUUCGUGGACCGCUACUGCCAGGACUGCGACAUCAGGUUCUCGUCGUACAAGACGUUCCGUGCGCACAAGCAGCACUACUGCAGCACCCGACACGUACUGAAGGGAUCGGGAGCCGGGGGUUCAUCCGAGUCCGCGUCGCCCUCUCCCGUGGAGGGCGGCCCGGGGCCCGCCGCCGGCCCCGCGCUGCCCACGCGCGCGGCCGCGGGGUCCCCCGGCCACGCCUCCGGCAACGAGGCGCUGCUCGCGCUGCCCACCAACCCGCCGCUGCUCGUGCCCUACUCGCUGCUGCAGGGCGCGAGCGUGGUGCAGGGCGCGGCGCUGAGCGCGGCCCUCGGGGUGGGCGCGGGUGCGGUCCUGGGCGCCGCCUGCCUGCUGUGGCUCCCCGACGGCUCGCUGCAGGCCGUGGCCACGGCCAACCUGCCGUCGCCCAGCCGGCCGCGGCAAGCUCCCGCCAACGCCGCGCCGCCCCAGCCGUCGCCGUCGCCGUCCCCUCAGUCCGCCCCGGCCGCCCCCAAGCGGCAGCGCGACGGCAAGCAGGCCUCGCCCGCCCCCGGCGUGGCCGGCAGUGCCCCCGCCACCAACCCCGGCAGCGCCCAGGGCCUCGGCCCGCUCGACCUGAGCGUGCCGCGGCGCGCGUCGGACUGCUCCGAGCCGGACCAGGACAUGGACGAGGACGUGCACGUGCAGGACCACGAGCACGAGGACAUCGUGUGCGCGCCCAGCAUCCCUCUGAUGUUGUCCGCCUCGUCGACCUGCUCCUCGCCGUCGCCCGCGCCGCCCCCGGGCCUGGGCCCGUCGCCGUCGCCACCGCCGAUGCCCCAUCCGCCCUCUCGUAAACGGCCGCACUCGCCCGCGCUGUCGCCGACGGACCGCGGCGGCAAGAAGUCGCCCCGCCGCACUCCUAACGGCGUGGUGCACGCCGGGCUGGUCAAGAAGGAGUCGACGGAGUCCGAGAGGGUCCCUGCGGGCUCCGGGGUCCCUGUGGUGGGCCCCGACCCCCAGCUGCUGCUGCAGUCCGUACUUGCGGGCCGCGGCAUCAGCCAGGGCCUCGCCCAGGGCCUCGCGCAGAGCUCUUUGCCCCUGCUGCUGGGCAACCACCUUACUAGUCCUCUAAGCGCCAACAUCGAACUGGCCCUCCGGAUGGCGGCCGUCUCGGCGGCCGAGCUGCAGCAGCAAGUGGCACCGCAACCGCCGCCGCCGCCCCCGCAGGUGCACGUCAAGCACGGCGUGUCCAAGUGCAUGGAGUGCAACAUCGUGUUCUGCCGGCACGAGAACUACCUCGCGCACAAGCGCCACUACUGCCAGGCGCGGCUGCAGGAGGAGGCUGCCCCGGCGGAGGCCAGCAAUGCCCCCAGCCCGGGGGUGGCACGCUCCCCGUCGUCCAGCUCGCCCCCGGAGCCGCAGCCCGCCGCCCCCGCUGCCCCAGCCCCUGCAGCUGGCGCCGCCCCAACACACGUGCAGUACAUUUGCGCGCGGUGUCCUAUCAAGUUUGCGUCCCUCGACAACCUGACCCACCACCAGGCCUACUACUGCCCCAAACGGCCGCUGGGCCAGGACGGUGUCAUGCAGGCGCCUGGGCCGGGCAAAGUGGUGGAGGACAAGGGAAAACGGCGCUGCCCCAAAUGCAAGGCCACAGUCCCUGCUGAACAAGCCCUCAGUCAUCAAUGUGACGUGCUGGUGGUUGGAAGUGGAUGGAGGUGCCCCUGUUGCCCAGUCACCAGUCCCACUAUAUCUGCUGCACAAAGACAUAUGGAGACCCACAAUGGAAUUAAGGCAUUCCGAUGUACUUUAUGUGGCUACAAGGGAAAUACAUUGCGGGGUAUGCGCACCCAUAUACGCAUGCAUUUUGAAAAAGGCCUUCCGGACUUGCAGGAGGAAAACUACAUUACUUGUGUCAUGGAGGAUGAUGCUGCUAUUCCAGCACCAAUCCCAGUACCAGCACCCUUGGCAACUCCUCCAACUCCUCCAGCCCACAUGUCAUCCCUGACAACCACAACUGAAGCAUCAAGCCUCCCAGGGUCCGGGUCGGCUGGGAGAUCAGAUGCUGAUAAGCAGUUUAAUUGUGACUAUUGCAGUUACACAACUUUAGAUAAGAAUAAUUUGCGGCAUCAUGUUAAACAUGCUCACGGUAGAUCUUCAGAGGAAAAUGCCCUACCGACAUCAUUAAAUCCCUCCAGUACAUCUGAUGACCAAAGACCUCCUAAUGCACUUAAUGGAGCAAACAGAGUUAAAGUUAAACAGGAAAAACAAGAUGAAGAGUUUAAAAGAAUAGAAGAGUUCAAAGUAAAAGAAGAACCUAUAUUUGUCAAUGACGUGGAAGAACGCUCCUCAAUUAGAGCAUCACCUUUGUUAUUGGAGGACUCCAAAGCAUCCCUUCAAAGUGUGGAGGAUAUAAGCAGAGACGAAAUUGUGAGUGCAAAUAAUAACAAAACAGGGCCCAAGUAUUGUAAGACAUGUGACAUCAAAUUUACCCUCUAUGACUCCUUUAUGACUCAUAAAAAGUUCUAUUGUACAAGAUCUGAAUCUGAUAGCAAAGUAGCUCAGGCAUCAGCUUUAUAGUUCUAUUCGUUCUAUCUUUACUAUGUUAUUUGAUUUCUUAGCUUGAUUUUGAUAAUUAUAUGAAAUUUUGUACCUUAACUGUA